CCCCAACGACGUUCUCUCUGUCUUUCUCUAUUCUUUCUGUCUUCGCUCGCUUGCGCUCUCUCUCUCUCUCUCGGAUUCUCUCGCUGUUCCAGUUAGGUUUGCUGAUCUUGUUCAUCGGUUCCUGGAAUCUCCUUUCGGCUUCGCAGAUCAAGAUUCUCCUCUGCAAACUGCUAGUAUUUGACGUCAAUCCUGGGAGGGGGAAUAUACGCCUCAGGAUUUCUUGUAUCCAUGCUGGCAGGGAGCAUGCGUGGAAUUUGUGCUUCGGGUAAUGCCCCUGACAAGAUUUGCUGCCGAUGCAUUCGGUGCGGUGACAAUUUGUCUGGUUUCUAUCUUGGUUCUUCUUGGAUUGCUGUGUAUUGUCUACUUAAUUUACUUCCGCUCUCGCAUUCGUAGUCAAGACCUUGGUCAACUCAGUUAUUUCAGUGGUCCUUGGAUUGUCCGGAUAAUAUUCAUUUUGUUUGCUAUCUGGUGGGGUUUCGGCGAAAUUCUCCGGUUAAGCUUGUUGAGAGGUGAGGGAAGAUUGUUGAAUGCUUUCAACUUGAAAUGGCAAGAAAAUAUUUGCAAAGGAUAUAUUGUUUCAAAUCUGGGAUUUGCAGAACCUUGCCUAUUCCUCACCCUUAUAUUUCUCCUUCGUGCUCCCUUACAGAAGAUGGGGUCUGGAAUUCUAAGCCAAAAGUGGAAUGGAAAGACAGUGAGAUGUGUUCUUCUUUACUGCUUCCCAGUUUUUAUUCUUCAGCUCUGUGUUAUUCUAAUUGGACCCCAUUCGCACAAGGAUAGCAGUCCCUUGCAGAAAUUGCCGCAUUAUUUCACAAUGACAGCUGAUCAUCCUAGGAACCCAAAUGCUGCCAGUGAUGAUGUUGCCUUCUGCACAUACCCUUUACUGAGUACUAUACUUCUAGGUUUUUUUGCUAUCGCCCUGACGCUCUAUUUGUUUUGGCUGGGAAGGUGCAUUUUGAAAUUGGUGAUCAAUAAGGGCCUGCAGAAGAGGAUUUAUACUUUAAUAUUUGCUGUGUCAAGUUUCCUUCCGUUAAGGGUUCUUUUACUUGGGCUAUCUGUUUUAUAUCAUCCAGAGCGUUUUCUAUUUGAAGCUCUUGCUUUUUCGGCUUUUCUUGCCCUUAUAGCUUGUGUCAUGGUGUGUAUAUCCAUGCUUGUGUACUGUCCAGUUGCAGAUUCUUUGGCCCUGAACCUACAGGAUUUAGAGGGCAGAAGAUUGAUUACUGAUGAUCAUAGUGAAACCAUCUCUUUUGUUGCUAACCAAAGCAACAUGGAAGAAAGUGGUCGAAUCAGCCCUAGGAGAACCUCAGACACUUCAACCAAGCGUGGAUCUAUUUCUUUCCGGACUUAUGAGAGAGAUGUGACCUCAACGGGGACGUAUGUGGAACUGAGCCUUUUCUCUCCUGGUCGAGAUAUGACUCCACCAGGAUCACCUCCGCUCCCUGGUUGGCCAAUGCGGCCCCUUACACAAGCUCUUGGAUUGUAGAAACUGGCAAGAAACUGAGUACUAACUGGUGAAUAUCCAUUUUGUGGUGAUUGUACGAGUAUGCGAAGAAGAAAUAUCAAUUUUGUGAUGAUGGAAACUGAUUGUAAAGGGUUUAGCUUCAAUAAGGAAUUUUGUUCGUGGAUAGUUUUAUAAUUUUUAGAUGCGAUGGAAUUGGUAAUCUUCUCUCAUUGUGUAACAUUUCUUUUUACAACUUUGAACUUUGUCCCAUGAGAGAGAAGGCGAUGUACCUUGGAAAUUUGGGUGGUGCAAAUGGUGGUUUUCUGCGUAUGGAGAGUUUUUGGAUCUUUUCAUUUUUAUUUAAAAUUUUAUAAAGUUCUUCAUUGGUUGCA